GUCUUAAAAAAAAGCUACUUAAAAAACAAUUUUGUACAAGUGGUACUUCGAACUUGGAAAGAGCAUGAAAAAAUUGACGAUCCUUCUUUAUAUUUUGAGUUGUUCGGCCGGAUCGGUUGCUCAAGAUCUUUGGUCUUUACCCGGAAAAAAUGGGAUUACUUCCUCUGGACUUGUUGAGAAUGACUCUGAUCUAGUUCAUGGCCUAUUAGAAUUGGAAAGCGCUCUCGUGGGAUCUUUUUCUAUCCUUGAUCAGCAAUUUUUGUAUGAAUCGGAGUUUGAAGAAAGCCCGCAACAGAUCGAGGAGGAUUUAUUAAAUCACAUAGUUUGGACUCCUAGACUCUGGCGCCCUUGGGGCUCUCUGGGAGUUUCCUAUGAAGAGAAUGAUUUGGAGAGGGGAACCAUGCAAUACAACACACGAGCGAAGGAAUUCAUUUGGGAUCCUACAGAUCCACUCUUUUUCCUAUUCAAAGAUCAGACCCCAGGCUCUAUUUUUUCACUUCGAGAAUUAUUUGCAGAGGAAGAGAUGGCAAAGGCACUUCUUACGUCCCAAAUUGAGCAUAUGUUUUUAUCUAAAAACACACGCUUUUUUAGAAACAAGACGCAAGAAAAGCAUUUUGAAUUUUUGAUUCAUCGUCAGAAAUGGCUUAGAACCAAUAGUUCCUUAUCCAAUAACUCUUUCCUUUCUAAUACUCUAUCCGAGAGUUAUCAGUAUUUAUCAAAUAUGUUCCUAUCUAACGGAACACUAUUGGAUCAAAUGACAAAGACUUUGUUGAAAAAAAGAUGGCUUUUCCCGGAUGAAAUGAAAAUGUAAAAAAGAGAUUCUCUCAUCGGAUUGAUCGAAUCGGUAUUGAUAUACAGAUUGGAUCGAUCCGAGCUCUCUUUGCAUUCGAAAGAGUAUGCCUUGAAGAGGACUCGGACCUCCACGCUUUUAGCAUGAGAUUUUGAGUCUCGCGUGGCUACCAUUUCACCACCAAGGCAUCAUGAAAUCAAAUCUAUGACAAUUU